UUGCAGGGAUACGUUUUGGUUGGCCCAAGUUAGGUUGAGUAGGACCUAGGCCUGGGCCUGGGCCUAGGAAAACCUAGCUUGAGCCUACUCUUUCUAAAUUUGCUCAUCAUGGAUGAGGAAGGGAAUGAGGAGGAUGAGGGCAUUCAAAUCUUCAUUGAAACUCUCACUGGGACAAAAUAUCAUCUUCAGGUCUCUCGCUUAGAGACUGUUAUUUCCCUUAAGGCACGAAUACAGAAGUAUGAAGGGGUUCCAAUCAUCCAUCAGCACUUGGUAUUUCAAGGAAAUGAGUUGGACAAUGAAGCACAGUUGGGUGACAGUUUGCUGUAUGAUGGGGCCACGUUACGCCUUGUUAUAUCCAUGAGGGGAGGACCUAUCAACAUGCGUCGUGUCAGCUCCUCAGACUCCACUUUGUUGGAUGUCAAGGAAUUCAUGGAAGCCAAUCAGGAGGAAAUCUGGGAACACCUUCCUUCAGGAGAGCCAGUGACUCUCCUCAUGUAUCGUGAUGGAGAUCAGGUGAACUUGUACCGUGUGAUUGAAACCACUGAUGGCCACUUCUCACCUCUGUCACAGUCUUGGAAUGGCCAUGCCAUCAGGAACCUGUUUUGGGAAGAUGAAGAAGAAAAUCGGCAGCGCUCAAUGGAAAAUCGAAUUACCCAGAGCAAGAUGGAGCAACUUAACCCAACGCUCAGUACUGUGAGCGAGAUCAGAGGCUUGUCCUUUAAUGUCCUCAAUGAUCAUGAGGGCCGAGAAGUCCUGGACAUCCUUAACCGACAUCGAUACCUGUCUGCAAAGAUGUCCCGUGUGCAUACUGCACAGAAAAAAGCUGCUUCCUUGAAACCUCCAGAGACCGAAAAGAAAAACGAACGAUCUCUACUUGAGGAAAUGCAGGGACUCACAUUAGAUGACAGUGGGCAUUGCCAGCAUCGCCUGCAUGCAAGUCAGGGGGUUCAGCUGAAUCGCUUCAGUCCAUUACCACCCCUGGUGCCCCUGCAACGGAGGACAUCUGAUCGGCCCAGGUGCACUCGGUGUCGAAAGAAGCUUACCCUUACAACCAUUUUCAGUUGCCAUUGUGGAAAGUCAUUCUGCGCCAUUCAUCGCUAUGCUGAGGCUCAUGGAUGUUCAUUUGACUACAAGUCUGAGGGGAGGAAAGUCCUUGAAAAGGGCAAUCCUCUGAUAACAGCUCCUAAGUUGCCCAAAAUAUGA